AAAACAUCGAUUAGUCGAAUGUCGACUUCCCCCCACUCUCGAUUGGUUUUGUUAAUACUUUAAUUAAAUAUCAAAAUAUAAAAGAAAAAUAUAAAAACAUGUCCUUUUUAAUUAAACUACCCGUUAAAACAUUAAGUAGUAGCAGUUUCUCAAUACGAACACUAACAACCACAAUGGUUAAUAAAGUAAAAGAGAUCCACCAACGACAGGAGAAUAAUUCUCUAAUUAUUGAAGGAAUUACAAAGCCGUCUCCACGCGAAGGCACCUUACUUAAGGCAGCAUGCUCGGAAAAGUUUUGUCCAGAAUGUACAUUGGGUUUGGAUAUUAAGCAUACGGAUGUUUUAAUUUUAUCACAAUAUGUGCGUUCCGAUGGCUGUAUGUUACCAAAGCGCAUCACUGGUUUGUGUCACAGACAACAAAAGAAAAUUGGCACUUUGGUAACGAUGGCACAAAAGGCAGGUUUGAUGCCAAACUUGACUCCAGCCAAUAGCAAAAAAGAUCCGAAAAAACGUUUUGGCUGGAGAAAAUUUAACAAAUAUUUCAAUGAGAAAACUAUUAAAUAUUAAAAAUUGUUACAUAUUGAUAAUUUAGAAAUUGCA